GCGUCACUUCCGUGCGCCGGGUAGGAGGCGGGCGGCGCGGCCCUCGGGUAGCAGUCCCACUGGUACCAUGAGCGAGGCGGAUGGGCUGCGGCAGCGCCGGCCCCUGCGGCCGCAGGUGGUCACGGAUGACGGCCGGGCCCCAGAGGCCAAGGACGGCAGCUCCUUUAGCGGCAGAGUGUUCCGUGCCACGUUCCUGAUGCUGGCCGUGUCCCUCGUCCUCCCCCUGCUCGGAGCCAUGCUGCUGCUGGACUCCCCCAUAGACCCGCAGCCACUCAGCCUCAAAGAACCCCCUCUCUUGCUUGGUGUCCUGCAACCAAAUACGAAGUUACGAGAGGCGGAAAGGCUGUUUGAAAAUCAGCUCAUUGGGCCAGAGUCCAUAGCAAAUAUCGGGGAUGUGCUGUUUACUGGCACAGCAGAUGGCCGGGUCGUCAAACUUGAAAAUGGUGAAGUAGAGACCAUCGCCCGGUUUGGCUCCGGCCCGUGCAAAACCCGAGAGGACGAGCCUGCUUGUGGGAGACCCCUGGGCAUCCGGGCGGGGCCCAACGGCACCCUUCUCGUGGCUGAUGCAUACAAAGGGCUGUUUGAAGUAAAUCCCUGGAAACGUGAAGUAAAACUGCUGCUGUCCUCGGAGACACCCAUCGAGGGGAGGAAGUUGUCCUUCGUGAACGAUCUGACAGUCACUCGGGAUGGGAGGAAGAUUUAUUUUACAGAUUCUAGCAGCAAAUGGCAGAGACGAGAUUACCUGCUUCUGGUCAUGGAGGGGACAGAUGACGGGCGCCUGCUGGAGUAUGACACCGAAACCAAGGAGGUGAAGGUUUUGCUGGACCACUUGCAGUUCCCCAACGGGGUGCAGCUCUCUCCUGCGGAGGACUUUGUCCUGGUGGCAGAGACGACCAUGGCGAGGAUCCGGAGGUUCUACGUGUCUGGCCUGAUGAAGGGAGGGGCCGACCUGUUCGUGGAGAAUUUGCCUGGAUUCCCUGACAACAUCCGAGCCAGCAGUUCCGGGGGGUACUGGGUGGGCAUGUCCACCAUCCGCCCCAACCCUGGGUUUUCCAUGUUGGACUUCCUGUCCCAGAGACCUUAUCUUAAAAGGAUGAUUUUUAAGCUGUUGAGCCAGGAGACAGUGGUGAAGUUUGUGCGUCGGCACAGCCUCGUCCUGGAGCUCAGUGACAGUGGGGCUUUCCGCAGGAGCCUGCAUGACCCCGAUGGUCAGGUGGCUGCCUACGUGAGCGAGGCGCAUGAGCACGACGGGCAUCUGUACCUGGGCUCCUUCAGGGCCCCCUUCCUCUGCAGACUCCGCCUCCAGGAUGCGUAAGACCCUGGGUGCCACGGGGGCCAGGAGGUGCGUGGACACACCCUCCUGCCUAUGACCCCACUGGUCACCCUCGCCUGGGUUUGGCCAAGUGUCUCCCAUGGGGAAGAUGCGACCAUGUCGAGCCAUGUGCUUUCAGACACCUCCCUAGUACUGUGGUUUUCUUGGACCCGGGACUUGGUGUGCUUAGCCGGCCCCAGGUUUGGGGUGGGGGGAGAGCAGUGGGGGUUGGCCGGAGGCUGGAUUUUGCUGCUGGUCUGUCCUGUCAGCUUCUGCAUCUUGCUGUUAAAGGGGUGGUAUCAUCUCUGGGUGGCGGGGGCCCAGGAGGAUUGGGGGCGCUCAGCACAAGCGUAUGUGAGGCUGCAGGUGGGGUAUGGGGGUGCAAAUGGCACUGCUAUGUUCCCUAGAGUCCCGAGUCCUGGCCUGGGCCCUGGGUAUCCCUCUUGGGCUCCACUUCCUGCCUGCCCGGCACCCUCCCUGCCCAAGUCCCCGCCAGCCUUUGAAGACCAGGCCGAGGCUUGUGUGGGGGAUGAGCAUGUGAUUCCAGCAGCUCAGGACUCACCGGUCUCUCUGUGCAUGGCCUGCUGCAUGGGUCCGAGGACAGGAUUAAAGGCAGGCACAGGGCAGGGGUGUGGGGAUUCCUGUUUACAAACCUGGCUCCUCACCCCCAAGCCAGGCGUGAACAGUGCAGUGUCGGUGUCCUGUCCGCUCCUGUGUCACACGCCUGAUGCUGCUCUGCAUCCUCAUGCUGUCCGCAUGUGUCCCGGGUGUUGGGUGACCCAUGUGACUGUGAUAAUUAAAUGGAUUUCCCUGGGGAUUCGUCUCUUUGAUAGUGUUGUUGGGCUUCUCUGCUUUAAUCUACUUUAACUGUGAGAUCUGGCUCCUCUGUGUGUCGUGAGGGCUGUUCUGCUGGGAUUGUGUUUAGAUUUGCUCGGCAGCCCCCCCCCCCCAGCCUGCCACCCUCACUGGUUCAGUUGCACGACACUGCUCUCCUGUUUUCCAGCCUGCAAAGUAGGGCUGACAUCUGCUGCUCCUUUCCUGGGUACUUAAUGAGAACACAGCAGGGCUUGUAACUCUGGAGUUGUCUCUGUAAUCUGAAAAGAUAGUAUUUUAUAUAGGGGUGACAUUAAAUGUCAGGGAGAGCUGCCAGUCCUGGUGAGACCUGAACCAUCUGUGUCUUGUGCUCACAGCUCCACCCCCACCACCACCCCCGUUUUAGGGGAAGAGAGUUGGGAUCUGAUGGGGCUUGUCCUGAGUUGCCAGCUUUACUCACAGCAGUGUAGGGCAGUCAGACUGGCUUCGUUGUUGUGACGUGACCUGUCCACUUAGUGUUGUUUACGUGAUGUCUUAGGAAAUGCUGCCUAGUGGUGAACUCCGUGCCUCGAGUGUAGGAGCAGCAAGGUGGAGCCUGACCCUCUGCCAUAAACAUGUGGCCUAGGCGCCGACCCUGAACACCUCCUCUUGGUUGGGACCCCAGGGCUGGUUCUCAGUGCAGAGAAGCUGGCAGCUUUUCACAGUUUCCAGCAAAGGAGUCUUUUUGACUCAGAUGUUGGUUUUCUGUCUCAGUGUCAUUUCCUGUGUUUUAUCUAGUAAUUUGUCACGGCGAGGUGCAAAAUACAGCCUCAUCAGGCUUAAGUACAUGAUAUGCUUUUGUUGUAAAUGCAAAGUGUGUUUGUUCUCAUGUGAAUUACUGUAUUUGCUCUUAAAAUUAAAUCAGGUGACUCCCUCA